CGUACGUGCGGGUGUUCUGUGUCGAGAGAGCAAGUGAAAGCAAAGGAGAGAGCGAGCGAGCAGUCAGCUGAUCCGAAUCAUCGUUUUACCGACGCGCAAAUACAAUAAUUACCAAACGUUUGUUCUGGAUACAAUAUCAAGUGAUCUUUGCAUGUGCCAAUACUACUAAAACACAAGUGAAAGUGAGGUUAUGAGUGCCCCCUAGUGCCAAAUCAGUCUAAACCAAAAAAAAACCAAAACAAAAACAAAAACGAGCUGCAGAUGGAAAGCAACGCAUUUGGCAGCAGCCAUUUGCCAUCUCAAGCGCUCGUUGUCCUCUCGGAAGCCGCUUCCGGUUUGCAUGAGGCUCUACGUGGACAACGUCCGUUUCCAUCGAGAGUAAUCCCUUUCGAUUUCCCCCUUUUCCAGUUACCUGACGCCAAAGAUCUCCACAACAUGUCACUAGUCGGCAACUACUUCAAUCCUCACCUGCUGCUCAAUCACGGGAUGUUGGUGGCGAACGGAGCGGCGGCGGCGGCGGCGGCCGCUGGAGCGGGACCGGCCAACUAUUUUGCCAGCGAUCGGUCGCCGCUGGGGAAGCCGUCGGUGCUGUCCAACUUCUCGCUGCCGUCGGCCUUCUCACCGCCCAAAUACAUUGGCAUAUCUCUGGAUCAGAAUCUGUUCAAUGGCAGCGAAUCAUUUCGCACGGAUUCGGCCAGUCCCACAUGCACAUCCCAUGAAUCCAUGGAGGGAUCACAGGAUUACGAUGCCGUUGAAAAGGGUGAAAGUCCGCGCAGUAAUAAUUCUCAGGAUCCCAGGGAUUUGAGACAUCUGCAUAAUGCGGGGAAGGCCCACCAGGCACUGGCCACCUCCUCGUCGGCGUCCAGCUCCUCGUCCUCCUGCUCGACCAGCAAUCCGGCCAUCAGCACGGCACCAAGCAGUGUGGCCGUUUCGAUGGCCAGCCACCUGGCCGCCUCGUCGCCGCACCACCACCCCCACUCGCACGCCCACUCGCAUCCGCAUCCGCUGGCCCAUCCGCACGUCCAUAGCCACCACCAUGGCCACCAUGUGGGAGCACCGCCCGUGUCCACGGCCGUGACGACGCACCACCACAUGGCCCAUCCGCAUCCGCUGUCCCAUGCCCACCAUGCCGCUCACCACGCGGCCUUGGCCAGUCUGAGCAUGGCCGGACUUCGGGCGGUUCCGGGCGGACUGAGCCUGGUCAGCGGAUUGCAGGCCGCGGCGGCCGGUGGCGCCAUUCCCGAAAUGUGCCCCGUCUGCGGAUUGAAACUCAGUGCCGAGGAGUGGCACUCGCACUUCCUCACCGAACUGGACAGGCUGUACAAGCUGAGUGCGGGCUUUGAGCGGGCCAAUCUGCAGGCCACCUACAUGUUCGCCCCGCCAUGUCCCGCCCAGGAGAACGCCAUUCGCACCAGUCACAACCGCUGGGAGACCUUCCAGAGAAUAAGAAACAAUCGCCAGAACCGCCUGAGACUCAAAGUUCGCAAGCGCAAAUACGGCGAGAUGUACAUGAUGGAAAGUCUUUACUGUAGCAGUUGUCCGAUCUGCAAGAGGAAAUAUGCCUUGGAGACGGGCAAGAUUCCACCUGAGGACGAUGCCAAAUCGCAGGAGGAGAUCGAAACGGUAGAUGUGGAGAGCUGCAACGACGAAGUGCCCGACUCCGGAUCUGAGCUAAAUAUCCAGGGAUCAGGAACAUCCGCCUCCGUUCUGCCGCCAUCUAGUAUGCACAACAGCAACUCGCAGCCGGGCAAACUGGACGGGAUUCUCUACCGAACGGGCUGUGUGAUCAGCCAGAAGGAUCCGCAUGCCGAUGAGCAGGAUGUGAGCACCAAUGUGGCAACGGCCAGCAGCAGCAGUUGGCCGGGAGAAGUCAAUCCACCACCACAGGCACAUAUCAGUGUGAAAACCGUCAGCGAGCUGUCAUCCACCACACAUCACUACUACAACGCCGAUUCCUGCGGAGUGGGCGUUAACGACAACAACAGCAGCGGUAGCACCAACAACAACAACAGCGGGGGCAACAACAAGGACCUAAUGAUGGACACGGCCUCAUGCCAAAAUGAUAGCGAUGAGGACGUAAUUGUCGACGACGACGAUACUGUGAAGAUGUCGAGCAAAAUCAAUUACAACAAGAUUCAGCGCCGGCAGGAGGAUCAGAAUGUGGGCAGCAGCAGAUCCCUUGAGAACAUUUCACCUGUGGAGGAGCGACCCCGUUCGGAGCCGCAGGUGAGCAGCACCGAGCCGGGACCCAUGGACAUAUCGCACAACAACAAUAAUAGCAGCAGUAACAACAAUAACAACAACAUCAACAACAAUCCGGCAUCGAAAUACUCGGAGAGCAUGGAGAACAGCCUGUCGCAGUUGUCGUCGAUGGGCGUGCCGGGAUUAACGCAAUUGGACACAAAGGUGGGAAUUAGUUCGGAUUUAAAACCGGACGAUGAAAACAAAUGUUUCAUUUGUAAGACAGGCAUAAAGGAUCUCAAUACGGAUGCGUUCCUGCGCGGUCGUAACUUCUAUUUCCACCAGAGUUGUGCCAAUGUGAUGAGCAGCUAUCGCUUGAACAAGGAGCUACUGAAUCAGGCCCAAAAUCAGCAAAGGGCUUCAGGUGGAGGAGGUGGUGGAGUUGGUGGCGGAGGAGCAGGUGAUGUGGUGGCCACGGCAACGCCACGCAGCCUUUCACCCGCCCAAUCGCCACAGCAAAGUGUGACCCAGGUCAUGGAAUGAAUUGGAGUGAGGGUCAAGGGGUCGAAUUGAUAAUUGCAAUCAAAGCGUGAAUUUAUUAAAAUUAAUUAAUAACAUAUUGUAUUUGAGGUAGCUAAUGAAACGCGACGAGCAAAUGGAUAUUUAAUUGGGCAUCCCCAAAGUAGGCAACACCCCAAUUAUCGGUUCUGCUAGCCCGCCCACCAAAAAAAAAAACACAA